AUGGAUGACUGGCCGGACAGCCCCCGGAGAGAUUCCUCGGGCUUCUCGGUGUCUUGGUUGUCGCUGGGGGUCGUCCUGGUGACCUUCUUGCUGCUUCCGGAGCAGGUCCUCGGUUUCAGUGAGGAGCUCUGGAAGCUUCAGCAGAAGCUGCGGCGGGAGCUGGGUCAGGUCGUCCGCUCUUUUUCCGGGAACCCCAUCAUCAGGGCGAUCUUGGAUGCGGCAUAUUGGAUCCUGAGGAAAGCCUCCCGGGGCCGCUUUGCCUCGCCUUGUUCGCCUCCGCACUCUCUCCGCGGCCGUCUCGGCGGCCCGCAGGAGGUGCUGGUCUUGUGGACGGCGCAUCAGCAGCCCAAUCCUCUGCACGAGGAGACGUACAUCCUUGCUUGGAGAGUGGGCGAUGGGAAAGGAUCUACAUGGCAGGAGGAAGCCAUCGACGAGAAUCUGUGUAGAGAGAUUGGAGGUGGACCCGACAGGUGGGGCGCCAUCCUCGACCUGCCGGCUGAGGCAGUUACCAGGAUCCGGGUCUGCGCCGUGAACUGCCUCGGCCGCGGCGAUUGGAGCCACGAGGAGCUCGAGGUCACCACGACCAGGGCGAAACAACCCGGGUCGAAAAUUCGAAACGUCUUGGCCAAAGGUGUCCAGACGUGCGCGAACUGCGCAUAUCCCAUGAGCAAAGAACCAGGCGAGGCUGCCUAUGCCCAGCUGGUCUGCCGGUCCGUCUUCCAACCAGACUGCAAGCACGGCCCCUUCUGCCCGAAGUGCCGAGAGAGGGUGGCUCAAAAGGUGCUGUCCUGCUGCGUUUGCAGGGGUCUCAUCGAGUCCUGGCGACAAGGUCCCGUUGAGGAUACUGUGGCCUCCUGA